GUGAAUUUAAAUAUUGGUCGGUUGGUCGCGGGCGUCCACGUGACACGCAUCGCGCCAAUCAGAGAAGCAGGCGAGCUCGGGGGGGGUCUCCGUGAGAGGAUCAGCCGCGGAGAUGUCGUCCACCUCGCAGAAGCACCGCUCCUUCGUGGCAGAGCCCAUGGGAGAGAAGCCGGUGACGGCGCUCGCCGGCAUUGGCGACACCCUGGGGGGACGGCUCAUCGAACAGGGCUUCGACAGGGCAUACGUGGUGCUGGGCCAGUUUCUGGUUCUCAAGAAGGAGGAGGAGCUCUUCAAGGAGUGGCUCAAGGAAGUCUGCAAUGCUAACUCCAAGCAGUCGUCGGACUGCUUCACUUGCCUGCGCGAGUGGUGCGACGCCUUCCUGUGAGGCGCCCGUCGUCACGGCGGCCCGUCGCUGUGCGUUUACCCUCAGAAAUGUCACCACCGCCGCCUCCUCCUGCGCUCACCGCUCACUCGCUUGUUUUGCUGCCCGGAGUGAGGCUUGGUUGCUCACUCCACCCCGCUCCCCAUGCGAUCCCGGCGAUGCCGGUUCACUCGCCUACUUAGUCAUUCACUGUGGCGAUGCUCGCCCACACACCGACCGCACGUCGUUCCACACGCUCACCCACCGCUCGCUCGACCACGCAUCCACCGCUUGCUCGUCCACGCACUCGCCCACCACUUGCUCGCCCAUCCGCAGAUUUACCGACCGCUCGGUCAGACACCCACACACUCGCCUCUCGCCCGCUCACUUGCCCACACACUCACCCACCGCUCGCUCACACCCACCGCUUGCUCGCCCACAUACUCAGCCACCGCUCGCUCGCACACCCACUCGCCGCUCGCUCCCACGCCCACUACUCGCUCGCUGUUUCGCCCACACACCCACCGCUCCCUUGCACACUCUCCCACUGCUCGCUCAAACACCCACACACCCAGCCACCGCUCGCCCACACACUCGCCCACCGCUCGCCUGCACAUCCGCACUCGC